AUGUCUUUCCUCACCCAAGUCGCUGCCCGCCGUGUGGCCCUCGCCUCUAGAGCUGCUGCCACCCAGACACCCCGACAGUUCAGCACCAGCUUCGCCGCCCGCAAGUCUGCCACCGAGGCCGCCAAGGACACAAUAAACACCGUUGACCGCAAGGUCUCGGACAAGCUCGUCGACGGAAUCGACGCUGGUCAAAAGGCAGCAUCCAAGGUUACCGGCAAGGCCACCGAGGCGAGCUACAAGGCAUCCGGCUCAGCAGAGGAGAUCCGCGGCAAGGCCAGCGGCAAGGUCGAGGAACUGAAGGGUGAGGCCAAGGGAGCCGCCAAGGAGGCCGAGGGAAAGGUCAAGAGCAACAUGUAA